AAUUCACCGCUAGAGUAAAAUAUAUCGAAAUACAUAACAUAAUAUCGACUGUCGACAUUUUUUCCAACUCGGUGUAGUUUUCUUUACGUAACUCAAAUUUAACCUACGCCUGAGAAAUUAUAUCAAGUAAUCAUGGAUGCAAACGUCCCCAAAGAUCGGAUGAUGAAAUAUCCGUACACUUGGACAGCUAAAUUGCAAAUGUUUCCUUACAAAUAUUAUUGGAAACACGCUUGGAUGACCAAGUACUGGUGCAUUGGACUUCUUUGCACUGUACCAAUUUACUGGAAAAUUGGAAGAAUGGUAAACUCACCUGAAAAUGUUGAAAAAUGGCGUGAGAUCAGAAGGAAAGAAUUUUCGGGCGAAAGCCAUUAAUUUUUCUUGUUAAAUAAAAUAUCAAGAAUGUAGCUCAUUGCAGACGAUUAAAAACAUCUGGAUAAUUCGUAGACUUUCCAAUGAAUUAAAUUAAAAAAAACAUACUUAUUGUAAUUAUUGGAUAUGCAAUAAAUUGAGUAAAUUAA